AUGGUCCAGCAAAGGAACGUGAGGAACCGGGGGACGGAAGCCAAAAGGGAGGUGUGUCCCAAAGACGCCUUGCUCUUGACAGAUGCCAAAGGGGAGCCGGGCUGGUGCAAGACGCCGAGCGGGCACAUCAAGCGUCCCAUGAACGCCUUCAUGGUGUGGUCCCAGAACGAGAGGCGGAAGAUCAUGGACCAGUGGCCGGACAUGCACAACGCCGAGAUCUCCAAGCGGCUCGGCCGACGCUGGCAGCUCUUGCAGGACUCCGAGAAGAUCCCCUUUGUCAAGGAGGCGGAGCGGCUACGACUCAAACACAUGGCGGACUACCCCGACUACAAGUACCGGCCCAGGAAGAAAGGCAAGAUGGGCAGCGCCAAGUCCCGCCCGAGAGUCCCCGUGAAGAUCAAGCCCUCCGUCCUCGGCCGGGUGGCCUCCACGAGGAGGCAACCUGUGAAGCCGGACUCGGUUGCCGGCGGCCAGGUGGGACGUGCAUCUCCGGAGCUGGACGACGACGACGACGACGACGACCCCCUGGAAGCGCGGCUCUUGGAGGCGUCCUUUGACGACAGUCCGAAAACACCCAGCAAGGAGUUCUGGCACGUGCUCCCGGCAACGGGUGAGAAAGGAGGGUGGGCGGCUAACACCGUGCAGCCGAAGGACCACGAAACCCCUGCCUUGAGCCAGCCCUUGCUGGAGCAGGCGAGGUCCUCCGGCGUUUCUUCCCCGGCGUCCACCAGGUCCCCUCCCUCCUCCUUCGCCUCUUCGGACGAAGAGUUGGAAGAAGAGCUCUUGAAUUCCCUGCCCAGCCGUGCCCAGCCCAGCACGCCCUGCGGGACCCCGGACUGGUCCAUCUUCGACAAAGACCUUGACCUCUUCCCUUUGGGUGCCACGUCUCACUUUGAGUUCCCGGAUUAUUGCACCCCAGAGGUGACUGAGAUGAUCGCGGGGGACUGGCUGAUGUCUAGUAUCUCGGACUUGGUCUUUACCUACUGAGUCCCACCAGGUAAACUCUCGC